AUGAAUUUGUUUGGGUACAAAAAACUUAUGAUUCUUCUCUGGAAGAAUUUUACUUUGAAGAGGCGGAAACUUGUGGCUUUAGUUGUGGAAAUAAUUCUGACAAUUUUAUUUGGUAUUAUACUUUUGGCAAUACGCAAGUUUAUUAUCAUAAAGAAGAUUGGACCUUUCAGUUACAAUGCUCAUCCCAUCAAUGAUUUGCCUUCAUUCAUCAGAUCUCCUGUCACUGAUUCUUAUCCUUGGGAAUUGGCUUACGUGCCUUCCAAAAGUAUUGUGGUACAGAAUAUUGUUGAAAAUGUGAAAAGAGAUUUAAACACUAAUUUGAAAGUUAUAGGCUUUUCUUCAGAAAGAGCUUUUGAAGAUUAUGUUGAGCAAACUAAUAACUCUAAAAAUGUUCUGGCUGCUAUUGUAUUUGAUCAUGUCUUCCAAAGUACCAAUGAUCCUCUCCCACUUAAGGUUAAAUAUUAUCUACGUUUCAGUAGUUUAAAGAAGAACUACAAGUUUUGGGAUUCAUUUGAAGCAAGUAGCUGGUUGACAAAUUCUCUCUUUCCAUCGGUGCCUCCUGUGGGACCCAGAAACCAACAAGAAGAAGAUGGGGGAAGUCCUGGGUACAUCAGUGAAGGGUUCCUGCUUGUGCAACAUGCCUUGGACAAGGCCAUUAUGCUACAUCACAGUGGCACUGCUGCAGAAAAACUGUUUAAUGGUGUUAGAAUUUUUGUUCAGAGAUUUCCAUACCCAAUGCAGUAUCAAGAUUUCUUCUAUGUAUUUGCUGGUAUUUUUAUCCCUUUAGUAACCAUAUGUAUCUUCUCUUUGAAUCAUCUUAUCUUAAUUCAGUCCAUUGUGUGGGAAAAGGAAAAUCGAUUAAAGGAGUACCAGCUCAUGAUAGGAGUCAGUAAUUGGAUGAUCUGGGCUGCCUAUUUCUUCACAUUCCUCUGCUUAUAUUUUUUGACCGUUAUUUAUAUGUGCAUAAUUUUAUUUUUCAAGAUCGAACCUGCACCAAUCUUCCAGUACAGUGAUCCAGUUCUUGUCUUCAUCUUUUUGCUGUUUUAUGCCAUCUCCCUAAUAUUCUAUAGCUUCAUGAUUAGUACAUUCUUUAAUAAAGUCAAUUUUGCUGUUGCUUUGGGAGGUUUCCUUUUCUUUAUCACCUACCUUCCAGCUACUAGACUCCUUGUCAAUGCUGGACAGAUGACAUUGAAGCAGAAACUGAUUUUCUGCCUCAGCUGUAAUGUUGCAAUGGCCCUGGGAUUUAAAUUCCUGCUUGAUGCAGAAUCAAAUAAAACAGGAAUUAAAUGGAAUAACAUAUUCUCAUCAGCCAAUCUGGACAACUUUUUAUUUGCAUAUGUGCUGGGAAUGUUUUUAUUUGAUACUUUCUUAUAUGGUCUUGUGACCUGGUAUAUAGAAGCUGUCUUUCCAGGGCAAUAUGGUGUGCCCAAGCCAUGGAACUUUUUCUUGAAGCACUCUUACUGGUUUGGGGAACCACCUAAAAAACAACUUGAACCAAUUCAACAUCAUGAGACAAUUGAAAACAAGCAUUUUGAAGCUGACCCUACUGAUUUGGUAGCAGGUAUUCAGAUUAAACACUUGCACAAGGUAUUCAAAGUGAAUCAUGCUAUCAAAGUAGCGAUUAAGGACUUGUCUUUGAAUUUGUACGAGGGGCAGAUCACUGUUCUUCUAGGACAUAACGGAGCAGGAAAAUCCACUACUCUGUCAAUUCUUUCAGGUCUCUAUCCUUCAACCAGUGGAGAGGCCUAUAUUUAUGGAUAUGAGAUCUCACGACAMAUGACAGAAAUCAGGAAAUUCUUGGGCUUAUGUCCCCAACAGAACCUAUUGUAUAACUACUUGACUGUUUCAGAGCACCUUGACCUCUAUUGUGUGAUAAAAGGAGUACCUCAAAAUUUGCGUCGUCAGGAAAUUGACAACAUGCUGUCAGCUUUUAACCUGCUAGAAAAACGUGACUCAUUUUCAAAGUCAUUGAGUGGAGGAAUGAAGCGCAAGCUCUCCAUCAUUGUAGCUCUUAUAGGGAACUCCAAGGUGGUGAUACUUGAUGAGCCAACAUCUGGCAUGGACCCAGCCUCAAGAAAGGCCACCUGGGAUCUCCUUAGGACCUAUAAACAGGAUCGCACCAUCCUACUGACUACUCACUACAUGGAUGAAGCUGAUGCCUUGGGUGACCGCAUAGCCAUCAUGGCCACAGGAUCCCUGCAGUGCUGUGGCUCUUCAAUAUUCCUGAAACAUUUAUAUGGUGUGGGAUACCACAUUGUUAUGGUAAAGGAACCUCACUGCAGUGUUGAAGAAAUCUCAGAAUUGAUUCAUGAUCAUGCACCGACAGCAACUUUGGAGAGCAAUGCUGGAACUGAGUUAUCAUUUGUUCUACCCAAAGAAUUCACUCACAGGUAUGAAUCUACAGAUUAA